AUGGGAACGAGGAUGGAGGUGGCACAACUUGAAAGCAGGAUGGAGACUGAGGACUAUAGAACGCUGCAGGGCCUCUUCCUGGACCCCUCGGGUGCACCUCGCUCCUUGUCCAGGGCUGAAUUCACCGAUCUGGCUUGGUCCUCAGUUGGCCGGGGCUCCAAGGAGGACUACGGCCUCCUGUUUGACAGUGUGGUUGUCACUCAAGAGCACCGCGGCCUCCUUCUGGACGUCGACGGCGUGGAGGAGGAGGGCCGAGUCGACUGGGGAGGCCUGUGCUCUUUUCUGCUCCUGGAGCUUUCUGAUAAAGUAAAGGACACCAGAACCAGCAGCGUGCCUCGCUGGAAGCCACCGCGCACUUUGACCUGUCAACACCGAGACCCGGUCCAAAAGGUGUUGCACCUGCAGAGUUCAGGUCAGUAUCUGACCGUGAGCAGAGGAGGAACUGUGGGCCUGCGGGACGGGGAAGACAUGUCCCUCCUGCACACGCAUCGACUGCAAAACAGCACGGUCUCACCCAAAGACCUCUGGGUCACAGACGUGGUGCUGCUGCACAACGUCCACAAGAUAGCUGUGUCUUUCACAAGUAAGGAGGUGUGUUUUUAUGACAUUCUGUCAAAGCAGGACUUUGGGUGCAAGCAUAAACUACAGGGGUUGAAGUUCACUCCCUGGUGUCUAGACUAUUGGGUGGAUCCCUUUAACCCGGACGUGGCCAUCCUCACCAUCGGAGACAUUGGAGGACAGGUCAGCGCUUUAUAUUUUACCUCAGCUCAGAUCUCUCUGUUUGAGAGACUCGGUCUGAGGACGGACUCCGAUUCAGCAGACAUCGUCCUCUGGGACGAGCUGGUCAAAGGAAAGCAUCGCUCCUGUUACACAGUGACACACCGAGGGCACACACCUGCAUGGGUUAGAAAAGUUCGUUACCUGGACUCGCUGGAGGCCUUCGUGUCCUGCAGCACCAGAGCGCAGAGCAGCGUGGUGAUCGGCUGGAGGGGAACGGAAAGCAGGGCUCUGCGGGUCACUUCUUUCUUUACAAAGAGGGGUGUGUGGGACAUGGACCACCACCGUGGACUCAAUCUCAUAGCCACGGCAGGUGUGGAUCAUCAGGUCUUGCUGUGGAACCCGUUUGUGACCUCAAAGCCGGUUUGCCGGCUCAUCGGGCACACAGGCCCCGUCACCGCGGUUCGCUUCAUGCAGACCCGGCAACAGUUGCUCAGCUACUCCAAAGAUAAGGUCCUGUGUCUAUGGGAUGUAUCUCGUCAGCUGUGUGUUCACCGCCUGGCCGGUGUCUUCCCAGAGACGCAGGAGGACACGCACACACUCCUGUUUGUCCACGAGGAGCGUCAGUCCCUCGUGCUUUCCUUCAACAGCCUGCUCCUCCUGCUGGAGACCACGGAGGAAGAGGAGAGGACCAGCAGCCACGAGCACCCUGUGACCUGUGUGCUGUAUAACAGUCUGUUCAGACAGGUAGUCAGCAGCGACUCUGCCUCCUCUGUGAUCUGCUGGCUGGCUCACACAGGCCAAAAGGUCAAGCAGUUCCACCGUUGUCACGGCAACAAUGAGAUCUCCACCAUGGCCCUGGACGGUACGCAGACCAGGCUGUUUACUGCAGGCCUUGACGGAGAGAUCAAGGUGUGGAACUUCAACGGCCGCUGCCUCCACAGAAUGAACGCCGGCCUGGGUCGGGCUGUGGAGAUCUCACAGGUCCUGCUGCUGAAGAGGAGUAUACUGGUGGUGGGCUGGGAAAGGAUGUUAACAGUUUUCCGUCUGCACUCCUUCUCGCAGUGUUUUGUUGAACCGUCGGAGUGGAAAGGAGGUGUUCAGCAUCGCAGUGAUGUGCUCUGUGCCGCAUUCCAGCCUCCACAGACUCUGGUCACAGGAAGCUAUGAUGGAGAGAUUAUAGUGUGGAACAACGGCACAGAAAACGCUUUGAGGAAACUGCAACCACUUGCUGAACUCGAAGAAGGUCAUGUCUCCGAUUCCCAGCUCGGUGUGAAUGGCGAAGAAGACGCUGAUAACUCCACUGCAAUCACUAGAUUGUUAUUCAUACCAGGACGCGCGUCUGCAGAUAUAGCUACAGCAGGUGGUGCAGACUUGGUGUCCUGUGGAGGUUCAGGUGUGGUGCGACUCUGGAACACCAUCCACAGCCGUCUGGUGGGACAGUUCACAGCUCACAACAGGGACUUGGGGUCAAUCGUUACGGCUGUCAGCCCCUGUGGAAACUAUUUAGUCACAGCUGAUAGGGAGGGAAGGCUCAAGACUUGGGACAUACAGCAGUAUUGUCUCGAGCCACAUGACGGAAUAACCAAAGAACCUCCAAAACUGCUGCGUAGUUUCCGCCCACACCUCGACCGUGUGACUCACCUGGAGAUGUGUCUCCAUGGCGACAGGCUCCUCGUUCUCUCAGCAUCAUCCGACUGCAGCGUGGUCCUCAGCUACCUGCCCGGAGAAAUCGUCGGCCUGUUCGGACAGGAGGAGCAGUGGUGCUUGGAGAGACCCGGACAUCUGCAGCCACAGCAGGAACCAGAGCGAGACCAGGGAGGGCAGGGAGGGAAGAGGUCACCUCCAGCUCCCAGGGAGACGCUCCCCGACCCGGGACCCGACACCUCUGCAGAGCGUGGAGAGGUCGGGGUAAAAGACGAGGGUGAGGACUUUGGGGCGGCUGCAGGAGUGGACGGAAGAAAACACUUAUCCGGGUCAAGGGUCGAGUCUGUCUAGACGAGAGGGCAUUGUGUCUGUGUUGAACACCUUCAGCUUA